AGAGAAUCUAACAAUCGGUUUUUGCUUGUCAUUGUUUUUUUCAGCGCUGAUGCGGGUGGAUGGUUGAAGGCCAAGAUUUCCAAGGGCUCCUUGGACUCCUUAUGGGGUUCCCUCGAAGGCAAAUUCAACAAGUUUGUCAGUGGUGAAGACGAUGUGCCUGCCGCCGAAGUUCCCGGUAGAAAAUCGACAGAAAUCAUUGCUCGUCCAUACGAUGCUCUGGCGGAAGGUGUUCCCACGAGAAGCAUGUCCGCGUUUGAUUUCCGUAACGGAAGAAGUAGUGUGGGUCCCGAAGCCAUGCGACGUGCGGCUACGCCCACGGCCUCCAUGGCGUCCGAAGGAUACUACCCUAAACCUUUUACUCCGUUAAGCGGUUAUGGCCCUACCGGCAGUGACGCUGUUGUCCCUACCCAGAAUGCUUACGCAGAGACCCAAGAAUCGGCGUAUCAACCGAGCUAUGGUCAAGGCUAUCAAUACGGUUACAACGGAGAUCUCAGCUCCAAUCAAAAUUAUACGGAUGAUACCACUGCUGCUGCGGCUCCCGCCGAUACCGCCGCUGCAGCACCUCCACGCGGUAUUCAGUCACCUUUCCAGCAACAAGGACCCCCUUUGACCACAUCGCAAUCCGCUUACGGCUACUUUAACGGUGCGGGACAAGUGCAUCAAGCCGAUACCCACGGUACAUGGCAGUCUCAUGCAGAACAAUCUCAUAUCGAUCCUUCGGGUCAAGAAACAGAGACCACGACAUCGUAUCAACCAAGUAGCUACGAGCCAAGUACCACAGCCAACACGUCAUUUUUGGAUGAUGAGGAUGAUGGUCUUGGCCUCGGUAAUUCCUCUUUACGCAAAACCAAACCUGCAGCACCAUCGGAAGAUGCUUCCAAACCGACCGAAGACACGACCCAGGCCGAUGCCAAGAAGGAGGAGGCGAAAAAGGAAGCGGCACCAGCUCGAAAAGGCUGGGGCUUAUUCUCCCUGUUCUCUCGGUCUUCGGGCGAUGAUAAGGAGGAAAAGAAAGCCGUCAAGGCCAAUCUUGGUGAAGAGAGUCAUUUCUACUAUGACGAAAAGGAGAAGCGCUGGGUUAACAAGCUGGCCGAUUCGCAACCUGCUCCAGCGCCACCUCCACCUCCACCUAAAGCUGCAUCGACUCCUACGGCGCGAGCAUUAUCGCCUGCCGCACCGCCGUCCAUGGGUCAAGCUACGGCUCCACCGUCUGGUGCCGGUUUGCCACCUCCUCCUGGACUUGCGCGAGCGACUACUAGUCCUGGUCUUACCAACAGCCCGCCUACUGCAGUAACACCAACCUUCUCCACUCCUCCACCCAGCGGAGGCCGACGAACAGGCGCCGGUAGAAAGCCUAUGCGGUCCCGCUAUGUAGAUGUAUUCAAUCAACCGCCAAGCUAAUUUAUAAAUAUAUAAUCAGUUAUGUAUAUCCUGCUAAAGCAAGUUUUGAAACUUUCAAGAAAAUAUGGAGUCGAUAAUAUGCUUGCUAAAAAAAAAUUUAAACAAGUUAUCGCUGCUUCACCAGUUGGUCUGUCCGCUGCCAACCAACGC